AUGUGUCUCACUAUGAGCCUCGUUAUUAGCUUCUUAUUUACACCGCCGGAGACCGCAGGGCCUGACCAUAAUGGAGUUCGUGGCCGGUGUCAGUGGCUGUGCUCUGCUGAAAUGUGGCACCAAGCUAGGGGUAUCUGGAAUACCGUCGCGAUGAACUCGCCACCCGCCUCGGCCGAAAAGUCCCCCCUUCACCAGGAACUUCCCGACCAACACUUUGCCAUAUAUCUUACCCAGGGCCUCGAAGAAGCGGUCAAAGAACGAGACGAAGCGACUCCCGAACCCAAAUUCGGAAACGAUGAGCUCGAGGAGAACCAUCAGUAUUCCUGCGAGCAAUUACACAAGCAUUUUCGCCCCCAGCAACUUGAACGAUAUCGAUCGCGUGUCGACGAACCUGAAUACUGGGAGCGUGAAGCCAGACACUACAAGGAUGCAGUGAUUGAAAAGCUUUGGAACACGGCUCUAGAGCAGUCCGCACCAGGUGCUGCCACUCCCACAACAGCAGAGGGUUGGCAGGACAUGGUUGGCUUUUACCAGGACAUCCUACGAAAUCUCGGCUCGUCUACCAAAGAGAUAACCCGUCUUCGACUCUCCAUUGACUCGCAAGACUACUGGAAGACUGAAGAAGAGCUGCUUGAGCCUCUGUCCAAGUUACAAGAAUACCAAUUGAUGGAGCGAUGGAAGAACGAAGCGGAACGAAAGAAACGUCGAUUGAACAAGAGAGCGCCCGCACCCCGCCCGAUCAAGCUCGACACCACGCAAGCUUCACCGAAUGAUCCAACUCCCAAUCUCGCAGACGUUGUCUUGUUUCUUGGGUACUUUACUGGCGUCGACGACAUUAUCUCCCUCUCAGACAACAAGAGAUACCACUUCAUCCCCCCCAAAAAUGGCACGCGAUGGAAAGGAGACAAGCCCAAAGAAGAAUGUAUUGGCGACAUACUCUGCCUGACAUUUGGAGAGCAUCUCUUCUCCCCGGAAGGCUGGGUAAUGGGCUCAUCCCCAGACUCUGACGUCUGUGACGUACAGCUUGCCAAGGACAACCAGACGGGCAUCAGUAGACGGCAUUUUCGCAUUGACACGGACCCAAAAACUCGCCUCCCCAGGCUCGCCGUCUUAUCCGCGACGAGCACUAUCCGCCUCGUAUAUGACGGUCGUCAAGUCUCUCUCGUGCGAGGAAAGUCGAUAGAAAUAUCCCGCAUGGUCACCUUUGAUCUUGGGGCUGUCAGCUUCCGAGCAUGGCGCCCAGAGCUGACGACUGCUGAAGAAAGAAGAUACAAUAAAAAGGCACUGAACUGGAGCAAGGAAGUUGUUGCCGCUGUACCAAGGUAUUUUCCUCCACUAAACAGCCAGCCUGAGACCGUCACCUCAAACAUCCGUUAUGGGAAAAACAACGCCGUGUAUGUGAAUGAGGGAGGCGUCGAAGCCAGAGGCAUGACUGCUUCUGUGAUGCGUGUCAAAGAACGGAAAUCGGGUUCAGUCUUUGGUGCCAAGGAACCGUACUUUAAGGCCAGUGAUGAUUUCGGCAAGGUGAGAAGCCGCUGGGAGGACUUGAGGAGGGAGUUUGACAAUGUUGUCAAACCAGACCAUCCACACAUUGUCAAGGCUGUUGAGCUGGUCAUGGCUGAAGAUGACAAGAAUCCCCCAUGGCUCAUCAUGGAGUACAUUCCCCAGAGCCUAUCACCAAAAGAUCUUGACCAAAAGUCCAUUCCUAUCGUCUUGACCCAUGUCAGUAGUGCAUUGACCUACAUGCACGCCAAUCGCAUCACACAUCGUGAUGUUAAACCAGACAACAUUCUGAUUCAGGACUCUGGAUCGUUGGUUGCCAAACUGGCUGACUUUGGCACCGCAAGACACAACACACGUGAAUACAUGGACACCUUCACUGGGACCCGAAUCUAUUUGGCACCUGAAUUUUUCAACCGGCCAUUGCGAUAUACCAAUAAAGUCGACCUGUUCUCCCUUGGCCUGGUUGCUUUGCAGUGUCUGACGAAGUGGGAUCCCCAAUCAGACAAAGCAUGGGCCUCUGGACCUUUGGAUCGCCAUGAACACGAGCAGUGGAUGCGCGAUGUGGUCAUUCCAUGCGUUGCUGAUGCGCCGUCCUCGUUCCAACCAUGGCUGACUGGGAUGCUGCGCAAACGACCAAGACAGAGAUGGUCGGCUAACAAGUCUUUGAGUUACUUGUGGCAAACUGGAAAUGGUCUUGCACAAGUCGAGCCGAGCCUCGGGGAAGACAUGGGGAAAGCUGGCCCCUCCGAAGGAACCCAUGCUCAAGCACGCGAACAGAUUGCGUCCAAGAGGAAGAAACGGCCGGCCUCGACGUUGAGUGAAAUCAGCUCUGGUCUUCGGCGGAUUCGAGACCAACCAGCUCGACUCUCCCAAGCUAAAUCUGCCAGCCCUCAACCUCAAGGUUCCUCGUUUGCAAUGUCGUCAUCACCCUACUCGGCUCCCACGCCACGUGAUGAUAAUGAAAGUUUUGAUGAAUCUGAUGAACCUGAUGAGUCUGCGUACGAACAUGACACGAAUCUUCAGGACGACUGGAGAGAAAGUGAUGAUGAGCCUGAGGAUUUCACUUGAAUGUCUUGCAUGUCGACUAAAUCAUCAGUCCCAGGAAGAAGUGGGCAUUCUAUUCUUCUCCUGUGAUGGAUAUUAUCAUGUAUGCUCGUGCUAUGAAUGCAAUGGAUCUCUGGCACAAGG